GAAAGCAAGAGCAGUUUAUCAGAAGCUGAAAAGUUUCUUGAGUCUUUAAACUUGCCUGAUGCACAAGCAACAGAGACGCCUGAUACAAAUACAGAUCCUAAUGAUAUCAUGUCUUUUUUAGAUGAGAUUUCGAAAUAUCCUACUAAUGAUGAACCUAAAACGACAACACCAUUACUAGCAAAAGAAGAAACAUCAACUGGUUGGAAGUCAUGGGGAAACAAUUUCUGGAAUCAAGCAAGUGCUGCUGUCAAAACAACAACAGAUCAAAUCAAUCGUUCUGUUGCUAAUUCAGAUGCUGCCAGUAAACUGCUUGAAAGUCGCGUCAAAGCUUUGCAAGACUUGGUCAAUAAAGAGAAUAUUGAGAAGCUAGGUACUGGCUUAAAGAACUUGACCACCACUUUUUUGGAGACAGUAGCACCUCCUAUUUCUGAACAUGAAUUGGUGGAAGUCUAUUUGGCUUAUGAUAUGGUAGGCUAUACAGGAUUAGAAGCACUUGUGUAUCGUGCAUUUUCCCGUGUAAUGGAACACACGGAAUCAGGCCAAGUGGUUGUUCGUAAUCCUGCUCAACAACAACAACAACAACAACAACAACAACAACAACAACAACAACAACAACAACAACAACAAGAACAAGAACAAGAACAACAAAAAGAAAGAGAUCUUUGUAUGUGUGAUAGUCCCCUUGAUGGAACAAAGCUUGCCAAGGCAAAUAUAGAUCAUUUAAUUAAACAGUAUCAUGAUCCCAUCAAAAAACAAAGCGAAACCUAUCACCCAACCAUAGGUGCUGUGCCUGUC